CCGGUGCAAAGGACGGUUCCAUUAAAUUAGAGGUGUCACAUUUAUUUUUUCUCUCUCUUAUAGUCCAAAAUCUAACAGUGUUUUUGGGAAAAGCGGACAACAGUGGUGAAGCAAUCUUUAGAUUACUGUAAAUAGUUGUUAUAGACCUUACGAAACUCGCUGUACUUGUGUCAACAAAGAUUUCUGAUUAUAAUUCUAUAUGCAAAGUGCUUAGACAAACAUUAUUCUGUUUCUGUCCGCCCUCUUCUGGACGUGCCACGUCACUUGUUGACCGAAAGUCAUUGAAUAGUUGAGUAUUAACUGAAACUGUGAGAAAAGAAGGCUGCUUUUCACAAAGUGGGUUUAAAUAUGUCUGAGCGCAAGAUCAACUCUAGAGACGGGCCAGCCAGGGGAGGCCGUGGGAGGGGGAGGGGGAGAGGUACCCAAGGGGGUGGUCAGGGUGGGGCCGGUACCCCUGGGGCUGAGACAAACCCUCAGUUCACCACAGAUCAAGUCGUGGCUAUGGUAAAAGCUUUGUCUGCUUCCCAGCCUUCUCUUGAAGCUGCAAUUGAAGCGGAAGAGCAGUUUGAAGAAGAAGAAGAAGACACCAAGAAGGAUGGAGGUAAAGGUAGAAAGCAAUCAAAACAAGAGAAAGAGUCCCCAACAAAAGUAGGAGCAAAAGAGGGAAGAGUCAUUCGAGAAUUGGUCUCCAUUCUGUUUGACAAAUCCGAUGAGAUGUCGAUUGUCAAGCUGCAGCAAGAGGCCAGGAAAAUCUCCCAGCGCCAAGAGUACCAGGAUCCGGGGAAACUGGCCAGUUUCCUGCAAAAGCACGACUUCUUUCAGACCAGGUUGAACAAAGAUGGCGUCAUGUUGGUCAAAGUCAAGCGUGACGUCACCCUGUGUGGGAAGUACACCGCAUCGGCAUGUAAAGAAGAUGGUUGCCCACACUUCCACCUGUGCCGUAACUACGCGUCAGGACAGGGCUGUUCUCACGGGCUCAGUUGCAGGUUUUCUCACAACAUGAAGGAUGACCACAACAUCAUUGUGCUACAGGAAAAUUUCUUGGAUGGCUUGGCAGAAGCACAGGUUCUCUCCAUGAUCACUCAACCGGGGAAAUCUAAAGGAGGCUCCAAACCCGCGAAGAAACCCAAGAAGAAGGAUGAGGGGACACCGUCUACCAAGGAGGUCGUUGCUUCUACCGACGCCCCUCCACCAAUGACACGGGAACAAGAGUUAAAACGUCUGCCGCGCGUGUGUCACUUCUACAGCAGCGAGGGCAAGACCUGCAAAAACGGCACGGCGUGCACUGCGGGCCUUCACGUCUGUAACUUCUAUCUCACCGGAAGUUGCAGCCGCAAACCGUGCCAACUGUCGCACAACAUCUUCGAACCUCAGGCGAAAGAGUUGCUGCAGAAGAGCGGGCUCAUGGGCAAGCCUGGAAAGUACAUCGUCGGCCUGUACAAGGAGAAACUCGAGGCUCAGAAGAAGAAAGAGGAAAAGAAAGAGGAGAAGAAGGAAGAGUUGAAGGAAGAGGAUCAGAAGAAGGAAGAGAAGAAGAAGAAAGAGGAAAAGAAAAGGAAAGAGAAGAAGAAGAAGCAAGCCCCAGCGACAGAGGAAAGCAAGAGUGACACCGGAUUGCCUGAAUCAACGCCCUUGCCUGAACCCGAACCUUCAACCGAGUCGAUGCACGAUGACGUCACGACCAUACCGGAGCACUGGGGACUAAUGGGAAGACCUCAGGGUAGUUUCGUACCACUCGAAGAUGACUUUGUGCUAGUAGAGGUUCCCCAGAGUGGUCCGGAGAUCGGAGACAUUUGGUCGGCCUUCUACCGGACACUGGGCAACACGAAGGUUUACUCGAUCAAGCGAGUGCAGAACUUCUAUCUGUGGGAUCUGUAUUGCAAGAAAAAGAUCCAGAUGAAGAGGCAGAACAACAACGAGCUCCCGAGGGAACUCCGUCUCUUCCACGGCACCAAUCAGGAGGCGGUCUCCCCCAUCUGCCGUCAGAACUUCGACUGGCGGCUGAGCGGGAACAACGUCGGGCAGCUCUUCGGCCAAGGGAGCUACUUCACCGCCAAUGCAAGUUUCGCGGCCGCGUAUUCUCAGCCUAGCUAUCCGAGCGGUCACCGUUACAUGUUCUUGGCAAAGGUCCUUGUUGGACAGUAUGCUAAGGGAGAUAGGUCUUGCUGUAGACCCCCGCCCUUGAAUGAGGCCGACCCAUACGGACAAGGCUACGACAGCUGUGUUGAUGAUGUCAACAAUCCUAAUGUUUUUGUUGUUUUCGAGUCCAGCCAGUGCUAUCCAGAAUAUCUCAUCGAAUAUUCAUACUAAGAACAAAGUAAGCACAGCUGACGUUAUAAAAAGAAAUGGACUUAUUGUGAUGCAAUACGUGAUAACAAUACUUGUCUAGAUUAUAGUCGAACUCACUUGACAGAGUUUAGAGUCUAUAAACUUAAAGUUUUAAUCCAUGAGACAAAGCAAUAAACGAGCCGAGGUGUAUGGUAAUGGUAAUGGUAAAAUUGAAUAAUGAAUUCAUUGUUUGGUAUGCGGAAGGCUUUAAUUUUAACAAAUAUGACAAGGGGUGGAUAUACCUUUGUUAUGAUUAAAUCCGUGAUUUGUGAAUUUGUUCUUGGUUCUCUGUCCCACAGUAAGGGUAAUUGUAGUUUUAAUGCCAGUGUAUUUUCAAUAUAUUAUGUAGUUUUGAGAUUUGUACAUAUCAUCACUUUGAAUUCAUCUAUUUUGUUAACAAUUGACAUUGAAUAAACGGGUGGAAAUCAA